AGUUAGAUGGCAGUGUGGUGCCUGGAGGAGGGCCUCCCUAACGGAGCUCACGGACAGCGAAGGUAGUUGUGUUCUCCGAAGUGACAGCAUGCAGAGGUCUGCAAGUACUGGUUUCAUAUCCCGCGCCACAUUCCUUCUUUCCUUGAGCUGUUCAAGGAGGGUCACAUUUGCACAGACGCUUUCCUUGCAGCUCCGAAAAAUGGCGAGUUACACUACGGAAGAGCGAGGAAGGCCGAACACGCCCGACUACAGAAUCUAUUUUAAAAACCCAGAGGGAAAAUACAUUUCACCUUUCCAUGACAUACCACUGUUUGCAGGUAUUGAACAGACUGUUUUCAAUAUGGUGGUUGAAGUACCUAGAUGGACAAACGCCAAAAUGGAGAUUUCCACUAAAGAACCACUUAAUCCUAUUAAACAGGAUGUAAAAAAAGGCAGACUCCGUUAUAUUUCAAAUGUUUUUCCUUAUAAAGGUUAUAUUUGGAACUAUGGAGCCCUUCCACAGACAUGGGAGGAUCCCAACCAUAAGGACAGUGAUACAGACUGCUGUGGUGACAAUGACCCAAUUGAUGUCUGCGACAUUGGCUCAAAGGUCUGUUUGCCAGGAGAGGUGAUUCAGGUUAAGGUGCUUGGAAUUUUUCCUUUAAUUGAUGAAGGAGAGACAGACUGGAAGAUCAUUGCUAUUAACACUGAAGAUCAAGAUGCUGAAAAUAUUAACUCCAUUGAAGAUAUCAGGAGACUUAAACCUGGUUACCUUGAGGCUACAUUGAGCUGGUUUAAAAAUUACAAAGUACCAGAUGGAAAGCCACAAAAUCAGUUUGCACAUAACGAAGAAUUCAAAGGCAAGGAAUAUGCAGUUGACAUAAUUAAAUCUACACAUGCAUACUGGAAAGCACUAGUCCUGAAGAAGGCAAAUAGUGGUUCGAUAAACUGUAAAAAUGUAUCUGUAUUCAAAAGUCCAUUUCAAUGCAGUGAGGAGGAAGCUUCUUUAAUUGUACACACGAGCAAAGAGCAUGAGGAAGCAGAUUCUAUUUCUGAAGAAGUGAACAAAUGGUUCUUUCUUCCAAAGUGAUUGAUUAUAUAUGCAUUCUGAAUGGAAUCAAUUUAUCUAUCCAAAGGAAUCGGAGAGUGUAAGGCACUUCACAUAAACCUGCAAGUUUAGUUGUGGUUCAGACUUUAGCAACAAAAGACCUAUGUAAAAAGACUCAAUGUUUUUAUAAUUUAUGCUGUUUAAUUUAUAUCUUUCAGAAAUAUCACAUUUAGAUAUUUUGUAUCUUGGCAAAAUAAAAGAAAAUCUGAUUUCACAAGCUUUAAUUUA